CAGAGACCUCUCACCCUGUGGACCAGAAUGCAGCAUGGCUAUAAUUAACCAGCCAGGUGAUUCAUGCAAGAGCGACAGAGAAACUCAACGUUAUAAAGACAGACGUAAGAAAACAGAAGGGAAAACAGGGUUCCUCCUCCAGUCCACAUCUGAUCUCUGAUCACCAGGCAGAUGAAAGCAGUCUACUACAUCACUUUUGACCUUCCUAUGAUUCCUUUACAGGGUACUCCAUGACUUUAUAACAUGACAUAAGGCUAAGGCAUGAGUCGCCGUUCCCGUCCCUCAGGUGUGCGUCUGCACCUCCACUGUGAGAGCUGCUUCAGCCGGCGCUGCAGGGCUCCUGUGGAGGUCUCUGUGUCCUGUCUGAUCAUCCCCUGCCGCCUGCUGUGUGGAGCUCUCUUCCACCUGUGCAAAGAGGAGGAGCACUCGCUGCUCUGCCCCAAUGAGAGGGCCCCCUGUCUCAACGCAGCCUACGGCUGUCCAAUCGUCAUGCCCCGUUCCUGGUUGGCCGCCCAUCUGCAGGUGUGCCCGGCCAGCGUGGUGUGCUGCUCCAUGGAGUGGAACCGCUGGCCGGCUGAAGACGCUCAUUCACACUUGAACACGGCCCUGCAUGAGAACCUGCUGAGGGAGCAGCCUGGACAUCAGGAGGCCCUGGACCUGGCCAUGGCCACCAGAGAUCAGAACCACCUGUUCCACUCUUUAAAGAUGAAGAGGCUCUUCCCCGAGCUGAUCGAGAGGGUGGAGGAGGAGGAGAGAGAGGAAGCGCGGAGGGCGAAGGAGGAGAAGAGGGAGAAGGAGGCGAGGAUGAACGCCGCCCUGACUAAAGAGGCUGUGGGGGCUGUGGGGGGGGCGCCCCUCUCCAACGGCUUCAGCGCUGCAUCGGGGUCCGCGGGGCCCUCCUGGUUAGGCCCCUCCCCUGAGGAGGAGGCGCAGGAGGUCGAGUGGGAGCAGGAGGAGGAGGAGGAGCUGACCCAGGAGGAGAGAGAGGCGUUAGCCAGGCAGUCAGGUGUGGAUGCAGAGCUCCUGAGAAACUACAGCGCCUGGGAGCGGAUGUUCACCAUGGAGAUGGGAGGCUGCAGGCAGGCUGGUAAAGGGGCAGGGAAGGCCGGUCAAGGGUCAGGGGUCAAAAGUCAAGGGCUGGGCACUCUUGUGGAAGAGUCGACCAAGACACAGACUGUGACCCCCACAGAUACUCACACACACCCAAAGACAGACAGCCUAUGUCUCUCUUCCUCCUCCUCGUCCUGUCUGGCGAAAGGAUCGAAGAGUACCUUUGUAUACGGACACGUGGAGCCCAUGAAGAUCAUCACGGUGCGCACGUUCAAAGUCCCCACGAGCUUCACGGCCAAACACGGACGCAUCCGCAAUCCCAGCCACCACAAGCGGAAGGAGCAAGCAGUGGACACCAGCGACCUGGGGGUGGAUCUGGAGAACAUACCUUACUGGGAGGAGGUCCAGGCCUCCCUGCUGUGUUCCCUGGAGAAGGAGCUGAGGGGUCACCUCAUCGCUGAGAACACCUGCACCGACGCUCUGCUGCAGGACGUGGGCACACAGACCUACAAGUUCCUGUCAGCUCCGUUCAAGCGGGAGAUGUCCCUGGCGGACAUCACGGCAGACAGGCCCCUGGAGCUCCACGUGCAGCUGGGGGCGGAGGGCGUGACCAGCCGGCACAACAAGGCCAGCUCUGCCUUCACCUUUCUCUGUGGGCAGACCUUUCUACGCAGAGAGUUCCCUGCACACUUUAGGAACGUUCACUCAGACAUCCAAAUGUGUCUGAGUGGCUGGUUUGAGCAGAGGUGUCCCCUGGCCUACCUGGGCUGCACCUACAGCCAGAGGAGGUUCCAGCCCUCCACACACAGGGCCACCGUCACCUACAACCAGGAGCUGAGCAGCUUCAACCUGCGUCCCACUGUUCCUGACACGCUGGCGGGGGCAUCACAGCCCCCCCAGGACCCAGCAGAGCCCCCCACUACCCCCAGGAGGAGGGUGGUCAGGGGGGGAGUGGGGCUGGACUCUCUGAGCACCCUGCCCUACGAGGUGCUGUGUCACAUAGCCAGCUUCCUGGACAGCCUGUCUCUGUCCCAGCUGGCCCUGGUCUCCUGGUUCAUGAGGGAGGUGUGCUCCUCUCUGCUGCAGGGGAGGGGGAUGGUCACCCUCCGCUGGGAGAAGAAGACCUACUCACAUGGCGGGGCCACUUGGAAGGCCAAGAAAAUGGUGUGGCAGUUCAGCACUCGGUUUUCGGCGGUGGACGCGUGGCAUUUCCAGGACAUACCGCCCAUGUCGGAGCACCUGAAGGUGUGUCCUUACUACGAGACCGAGGCGAGGAGCGAGCGAGUUCUCUUGCCCCGCGUCAGCGAAGACACACACACACACACACACUGCAAGGGACUCAAGCUUGUCAACAUGUUCCAGAAGACGACUAUCUUUUAGUGGUCUGCUAAACCGUUCAUUUGACUAAUAACAUUUGGUGAUAUUCAAGGACCCCAAUAAAAGUUUGUAAAAGAUCUAAA